AUGUCCGUAGACGUUCCUAUGUCUCGACCUGGAUUUGGAAGUGUGGCUCUGGCAGCACAUACAAGCGUGUUUUGUAACGUUUUCAGAGCCGAAAUUUCGCCCGAUUUUCCGACGCAAUCGAUCUUUCAGUAUUCGGUACUUUUGGCUAAUUUCUUGGAAGUACAUAUCACUGAUUUCAAAGACUGGUCACCACCAGUGGUACUACGGAAGCAAGUAUUCAAGAAGAUCGCUGGAAUCUUGAACGCAAAAUCUCCACCUAUCUACGCUGUCUUUGAUGGUGAUAAACUAGCCUUCAGUCACGCCGAAAUACCCAAAAAUUUACUUACUGGAGAAGUAAACGCUUCUAAGCCCAACGAGAGGGAUAACGUAUUCCGAUACAAUUUAACACCGAUCCAAGCCAAUCCGAUCAAAAAAGCGGAGCUUCGGCCUUUACUCGCUGGUGCUCAACAUCCUGGUUUUUCAACCAAACCAACAGAGGAGAAACUUUUACUUUUAAUCAAAGCUAAACAAAUCUAUCAAGCUCAUAAUAUUGCAAUCAAAUAUCCAAUCAACUCGGACGAAAAUCAAAGUUUUUCAACUUCGAGAGCUGUUUUCCCGUUUGGAGCUCCAGAACUCUAUAUCUCCGGCGGAGCUGUCUUGAAAAGAGGCUUUAUUGCCAAUCUACGGGUAGGUAACAAUGAUGAUGCCUUCAACAAUAUAUUGUUUUCGGUCGAUACCACUUGCGCAACUUUUGUUGUGCCAGGAAGUUUGGUGGAAUUAUCAGCUAGUAUACUUGAGUGUCAUCCUAGGGACCUUUCAAAUCUACGUGAUGAUAAAAAGAUGAUUUUACGUCGAGUACUAAGGAAAAUAAAAAUCAGUAUCAAACGCAGUCCUAAUGAUCCAGGGAUCAUAAGGUUAAUUUAUGAUUUUGGGUCAAGUAGUGCAGAUGAAAGAUUUCAGACUGAAGAGGGGGAACACACUGUUCAAAGCUUUUUUGAGAAGCACCAUGGUAUGCAACUUAGAGGUCCACAUUUCCCAACUGUCCAAACAAGUGCCAAGAAAAAAGCGAAUCAACAAUAUAAGUUGACACUGCAAUCCGAUCAACAACAGAGAGCUCUAACUUUUCAAACUUCAAAGCCGCACCAGAGGUUCAUGGACAUCAAGAAGGGCUAUCGUAGCAUGAUGACGGAGGAGGCAAGAGAUCUGUCAGAUGCGUACGGAUUAAGAAUUUCCGAGGAAUUUUUGAGGGCUCCUUGUAGAGUUCUUCAACCUACACAUUUGAAGUACGGAGAACGUGGAUCUGCUAUGGCAAAAGACGGACAAUGGAACAUUGCAAGACCACCCCUGAAACUUUUUCAACCAGGAGAAUUAUCAUCUUGGGGUGUGAUGGUUUGUACACCAAGAGUGAAUGACAGAGAACUAGAUCAUUUUUUUCCUGCGUUGGUCAGAAAGCAGAAUGACAUAGGGUUGAAUUGUCCAGAAAAGAAACCACCAUUUGUCAGACUUCAAGGAACGAGUUCGAAUCAUAUCCGAGCAGCGUUUCAUCAGACUGGAAAGCAAGCUCGCCAUAUCUUCGGAUCAGAUCCUCAAAUUAUCAUAUGUGUAACAGAUGAUAAAAGUCAAUAUUAUCAUAUCAUCAAACAUGAAGGUGAUCAACUUGCAGAUAAGGGGGUGACGACUCAGUGUAUGGUUGCUAAACAUUUACAGAAGGCCCAGGACCAAUACCUCACCAAUCUCGCUUUAAAGGUCAACAUUAAGAUUGGAGGUACAAAUCAUGUUGUACCAGCUCUCCGUGUAUUAACCAAAGGACCUGCUAUGCUCGUGGGUGUCGAUUUAAGUCACCAAAACUUAGGAUCAGUCCUUAAACCUUCCGUAGUAGGGAUGGUUGGCACGAUGGAUUCAAAUUUAUGUAGGUAUAGUGGUAUUGUAGGUAUCCAGCCACUCUUAGAGCCCGCGAAUGAACAAUCUAGGCCCAGGUCUCAAGAGCCAAUUGAAAAGUUUGAAGAUAUGUUGUAUCAACUUCUGAAAAGAUGGAAAACCGAAUUUCCAACUCAUAUCUUCCCCAAGAAAUUAAUUAUUUUUAGAGAUGGAGUUUCCGAGGGUGAAUUUGGUCAGGUUCUUUUGCAAGAAUACGUCGGAGCUAAAGCUGCACUUAAAAGGAUCGGUGACGAGAACAAUGAUUGUAAACUUUCUGAUAUCUAUCUUGAUUUUGAAAGUCAUCGAAUCAGGUUUUUAGCUCAGCAGCAUGACCAAGACAGAUCAGGAAAUGCUCGAGCGGGUACUGUAGUAGAUCAAGAAAUCGGGGACCCUCACAUUUUCGAUUUCUUUUGUCAAAGUCAAGCUGGACUUUUAGGAACUUCCAAACCAUGUAGAUAUUGUGUUUUGAAGGAUGAAUCAGACUUUAGUGUUGAUGAGUUACAGGAAUUGGUCAACUCGGUUUGCUCCUCAUAUCAACCCGCUACUAGAUCUGUUGGAAUGGCAGCACCAGCCUAUUACGCGGAUAUCUUGGCAGAUAGAGGUAGGAUGUGGCUGAAUAUAGAUGACGAUCAAAGUUCAGUGGGAGGAAAUAGUCAUCAUGAACAAACUGAGGAACAUAGGGCAGCGGAUCUUGAAGCAUACAACGACAAGAUUAAUCACAUGAUGAACAAGAUCAAUCGCGUUAAUCACACCAUGUGGUGGACUUGA